AUGGCUCCCAAGAUCGCUAUUGUUUAUUACUCGAUGUAUGGCCACAUCAAGCAGCUCGCCGAGGCCCAGAAGAAGGGUAUCGAGAAGGCUGGUGGUUCCGCCGAUAUCUUCCAAAUCCCUGAGACCCUCAGCGAUGAGGUCCUCGGCAAGAUGCACGCGCCUCCCAAGGCCCAGUAUCCCACCCUUGAUGACCCCGCUGUCCUAGCCGGAUAUGACGCCUUCCUCCUGGGUAUUCCCACCCGUUAUGGUAAUUUCCCUGCUCAGUGGAAGGCCUUCUGGGAUAAGACUGGCGGCCUGUGGGCCAAGGGUGGCUUCCACGGCAAGCUCGCCGGCCUCUUCAUCUCCACUGGCACUCUUGGCGGUGGCCAGGAGUCCACCGCCAUUGCCGCCAUGUCCACCCUCACUCACCAUGGCAUCAUCUACGUCCCUCUUGGUUACGCCCACACCUUUCCCCAGUUCAGCAACGUCAACGAGGUCCGCGGCGGCUCCGCUUGGGGCGCCGGUACCUUCGCUGCCGCCGACGGCUCCAGGCAGCCUUCCGCCACCGAGCUAGAAGUCGCCCAGAUCCAGGGCGAGCAGUUCUACAAGACCGCCGCCAAGCACUUUGGUUGA